CCGUCCACCACUGUCGAGUCUCGAGCGCCGCCAACGACUGACCACGACGACGACAUUCCCACCUGCCCGUUGUCGCAUCUCCACUCGCUCGCAAUGGCGCCCUCAAGAACACGGACAGUCAAGAACAAGCACUCCGCCGCCAAGGCGGGUGCCGGCGGCAAAGGCGGCGCGAAGCGGUCCGCCACCGACGGCGUCUCCAAGUCCAGAUCCAACAAGCCCAAGAGCGGCCCGCCCCAGGCGCAACAACUAAAGGAAAAGAAUCGCGCCCUACUGCACAAGAAGCCCAAGAAGAAGACGUACACCGAGGCCGAGCUCGGUAUCCCCAAGCUCAACAUGGUGACCCCCGUCGGCGUCGUCAAGCCCAAGGGCAAGAAGAAGGGCAAGGUCUUUGUCGACGACACGGAGAGCAUGAGCACGAUUCUUGCCAUGGUACAGGCCGAAAAGGACGGGCAGAUCGAGUCCAAGAUGAUCAAGGCACGGCAGAUGGAGGAAAUUCGCGAGGCGCGCAAGGUCGAAGCCGAGAAGAAAGAUUCCGAGAAGCAGUCGAAGCUCGAGGACGCGAAGCAGUCGUUGCGCAAGAAGCGGAAGCGCAAGACGGCCAACGAGGAUGGCGACGACUCCAUCAAGAGCCUGACGUCUGCGGGCUCCAAGGCUUCCAAGCCCAAGAAGAAGGUCGCCUUCGCUUGAGACAGGGGGCCAUUUGUGAGGACAUUGACUGGCGUUUGGUUCGGCAUAGUAUGGCGCUCGGAGUUAAAAAGCAUACCAUGGGUGGAGGGUUGUCCUUGAGGGAUCAAAUCUACGAGACCAGCUGUAGAAAUCUUCAGAACAAGUCAGAGUCUCCAUGACGC